GGUGGUGGUGGCGGUGGCGGUAGCGGUGGCGGCGUCGUCGGCGGCGGUGGCGCCGGCUACGGAGGCGGGCCGCAGGAGCGCGUUCACCAGGCUCCGCGAACGGUCCAGCCCGAUCCGAAGUGUCCCUACGAGAGCUACCAGGCGCAAAUCCCGGACUGCUGCGCGGCCGCGGUAGCGGCGCAGGAUUCGUAUCCACGGCCGCCCAGCGGCUACGACGCCAGGUGUUACGACGAGUGCCAUCGCAGGAUACCGUAUCAGGAGGAGCAAUAUCCUCAGGAUGUAUCCUCGACAUUCCACCGGUCCCAGUCUAGACUGGGCUACGAGGAACGUCCUCAGUCCCGAGUGGGAUACGCCUCGGAUUCCAGGUGCGCCAGCGGGCUCGGAUACGACGACACCGGUGGGGGUUACCUGGAUCAGAGUGACCCGAGAAUGUAUUGCACCGGCGGCUAUUGCAUGGGAGAUACGAUGAUGGCGACGAGCAGAGGCGUAUGCGGCGAGGAGGUCGAACUCGACAUGCGGAGGCACAUUCAGGCAUGCGCCUGCACAUGCAACCACAUGGGCUAUGGGAAUUACAUGGACUAUCAGACCACGUGCCUAACAGAACUGCCAGAUGUGGCGCCUUGCAACGGCACCGUGCGGUUGCCGCCGCCGUGCGAGGACUCGCCUAGCAGCGGCAGCAGCAAGGAUCGCAGAGACGAGAGUCCUCGCAGGAGGUGUCGGCUGUUGGCGCCAGUCCUGCUCUUAGUGGCCGUUCUGCUCCUCGGAGGCCUCUGUCUGCCGUUUUUAUUUCAAUCCGCGCCUGCCACGCACCAGCAGAGGCUGGACGUGAUCAGGAGGAUCCUCACUGAAGUGCCUCUGAUCGACGGGCACAACGAUUUGCCCUGGAACGUCAGAAAGUUCGUACACAAUCAACUUGGCGAGGUCAACCUGAGCAGCGACCUCGGCAGGGUCGACCCUUGGGCCAGAUCAGACUGGAGUCACACAGACAUCCCUAGAUUACGCGCUGGCCUCGUCGGUGCACAGAGAGUAAAACGAAAAUGUCCUACGCGAUGCGGUGAUAACCGAAGACCACAACAAAGGAAAACUGAAGAAAGUCGAACCUCAGGCAGAGCGCAAGCAAUUGGAUUUGGAAUUCCGAGCGCGUUAUGA